CCGGACCUGUAAACUCUUGUAAACAAGGCAAGUCCGCCAAGUCUGCCGUGGAGACCCUGGAGGAGGCUCAUCAUGUCAGAUCAGUGACCUUUGCUGGUACUAGAGCCCCAUUUCCUGUGGUUUAUAAUGGUUAUACUGGUUUCAUCGCUGUGUGUCAUAGGCAAGCGCUCACAGGUGGACUAGUCAGACAGGUUUGGACCAAAAGUCUUAUUCUUCUUCGGCUAUUUCUGAGGGCUAUGUAGGAAAGGUAACAUGAACAUAGUCGCAUCUCUGGCGCUUCUGUGUCUAUCUGCUGCAGCGGCAGUUUCGGGCAACGAGUCCACCGAAACUGUCCAGUCAGCCGCACCGGGCGACAACAGAACCAUCAAUGCGCGUAUCCAGCUUCCAAUAACUAGUGACGUAUCUACAACAAUCUACCCAACUGUUGUGCUCCCAAACAGGACACUCAUCGCUGAGAAUGGAUCCACCAUCUACUUUAGAUGUUUCACGCAGUCCUACCCAUCUCAGCAGCUGAACCUGACCUUCAGUGGAGCUUUGACUAAUAUCACAAGCCUGGCUUCCACCACACGUCCCCUCCUGGAAUACUCGAUAGUGAACAUACAGCCCAGGUCUCAAGGAGUUUAUACCUGCAGUGCCCUCACCACCGUCUCUAACCGCAGGGUUGAUAACAGCACUGAGCUGCUGGUGUACUAUAUACCGAGCAAACACCCUGACUGUAUGUUUGUCCAAGCACAGGACACCUCCAGCGUCCAGCUGAACUGCUCCUGGUUUGGGGCAUAUCCGACCCCGGAGCUGCGGUGGGGCGAAGACGGUGACUUCCAGGUGACAAACAACCUCGGUUUGACACUGAACAGCUCUAUGCUGCACGACAAGCAGAAGGUGACGUGCAUGGCGUUGCACAAACUGCUUAAACAAGAAAAUCAGAAAUCUUGCUCCAUUACCCUCCGAGCUCCAUUUCCUGAGGGCAAACCGUUGGUCACAGUUCUGGAGGGAACCAACUUGACUCUAACCUGCAGUGAGAACACGUCCUUACCGCCUGCCAACACCACAUGGAGGAAAGGCCAAAAUCAAGACCUGAUCGUUUCUGGAUCUAGGUACAUCCUGUCCUUUGAAGGACCUGCCGUCAAGCUGACCAUAGUCAACAUCAGCAAGGACGACGAACGCUACUAUUUCUGCCGCAGCGAGAACGCGCUCGGGGUGCGCGAGCUGGAAGUCUACCUCACUGUGAAAACAUCAUCCUCAGCGUACACUGGAGCAGUGAUUGGUGUGUUCAUAGCUGCCCUGAUUGUGGGCUCUGCUUUCAUCAUGGUUAAAGUACUUUACUCCAGGAGACACACAAUCUGUCUGGGAGGAGGCUUCAUGCAAGCUGAGGACAGCGGAGACGUGCUGGACCUGGUGGACUCGGACGAUGAGCAGAUCUUUCACGACACUGUCCCACAGCUGCCUCCUUUAGCCAACGGUCGGCACACAACACUGGUCCAGAUACAUCGGAUCCCUUCCAGUGAGGAUCACGAGGACACCGAGACUGCUGGAACGGACCCACAGCCGCCUGAACAGAAAGAAGAGCCGACAGAAGAGGCGGAGGAUCUUGUAUCAUUUUAGGGACAAGGUGUUUGAAGAAGAAUGUAUAAUGUUUGGAAAAUAUAUUCUACUUCUAACUGAAACUGAAUAAGACUCAAACUCAAACUGUUUUUUAUGUUGUACAUUUUUGUAAGUUUCUUUUUAUGAUUGUUUUUAUGUUUGUACAGAAUUUUAAACGAGUGACAUUAAAGCAUUGAAUAUGUCUGUGGAAACGAA